GAGAGAGAGAGUCUCUCGCCCACUCUCCUUUUGAAGUCACUCAUUCAUGUUCAGUCCGCGUUCAUCUGUUCACCGCUCCACUCAUCCACUCAUCAUCACACUAUCGUAAUGGGCUUCACCGAACUGUUGGACCAGGUGGGCGGGUUUGGCAGGUACCAGUGGCUCCAUGUGACUCUGAUCAGUUUACCUGGUUUGAUGAUGGCGAGUCAGAACCUGCUCAACAACUUUGUCUCAGGAAUCCCUGCCCACCACUGCAGCCUGCCAGCCAAUCACAGCCUCCACAACAUGUCGCACCAGGUUGAUCAGCAGCAGUUGCUUAAAGUUUUCAUCCCAUUUGAUGCUACAGGAAAUCGUCUCCACCGCUGCAGGAGGUACGUGCAGCCUCAGUGGCAGCUGUUAGCUGUUAACAGCUCGGCAAACGUCAGCGAGCUGCAAACUGAGGAGUGUGUGGACGGAUGGACGUUUGACCGCGCCGAGUUCUUCGCCACCACAGUCUCAGAGUGGGACCUUGUCUGCUCACUGCGUUCUCUCAAACAGAUGAUUCAGACCAUCUACAUGGGCGGAGUUUUGGCGGGCGCGAUAAUCUACGGCAGCUUGUCGGACAGGUUUGGGCGACGCUCUGUCCUUAUUUGGUCAUACCUUCAGCUGGCCGUGUUAGGCUGUAGCUCCGCCCUCUCUCCUUCAUACACCACCUACUGCAUCUUCAGGUUCCUGACUGGAAUGGCGGUGUCUGGAAUCAUCCUCAAUGGAGUCUCACUGAAGGUGGAGUGGAUCCCCACCAAAGUUCGGACAUUAGUGGGCACACUUACUUCCUUCUUCUUCACCUUUGGUCAGCUGGUCUUGGCGGGUCUUGCCUAUUGGCUGAGAGACUGGAGGAAGCUGCAGUUGGUUGUCUGCGUGCCUCACUUCCUGUUUUUCGCCUACAGCUGGUGGUACUCGGAGUCUGCUCGGUGGCUGGUGCUGAACCGUCAAUCUGAGGAGGCGUUGAAAAGUCUUCACCGAGUCGCGCGGAUUAACGGGAAACCGGAGAUGGUCGACAAGAUAACGCUGGAGGUGUUGCACUCAAACAUGAAGAAGGAAAUUGAGUCAAGUCAAUCGAGGUUCACAGCGUACGACCUUCUGAAGACGAGUGGCAUGAGACGCAUCUCCCUCUGUCUGGUCGCUGUGUGGUUCUCCACCAGUUUUGCGUACUACGGUUUGGCGAUGGACCUGCAGAAGUUUGGGGUGAGCAUAUACCUGAUGCAGAUCAUCUUUGCAGCGGUGGAUUUUCCCGCCAAGCUGUUUGCACUGGGCAUGCUCAGUUACCUGGGGAGGCGUGUCACUCAGGCCAUGUGUCUCUUCCUGUCAGCUGCCAUUAUCUUCGCAAACAUCUUCGUCCCCACAGACCUGCAGACUGUCAGGACGGUGAUGGCGUGUCUCGGAAAAGGUUUCACCUCAGCGUCUUUUACCACUGUCUACCUGUUCACUGGCGAGCUCUACCCUACCGUCAUCAGGCAGACAGGAAUGGGCUUUGUCUCCACGAUGGCGAGAGUCGGCAGCAUGGCGGCGCCUGCUGUCCUCAUCCUGGACGAGGUACUACCUGCUCUGCCCAGCUUGGUGUACGGUGGCGCAGCAGUGAUCGCCGGAUGCUUUGCGUGUUUCCUGCCGGAGACUCUUAACGUCCCGCUGCCAGACACCAUCGAGGACGUAGAGGAGAAAUGGUCCGGACACCCCCACAGGCAACAGGAGGGCGUCUCUUUAAAAGAGGGUGCGACCUCCAAAGAGGACAUCGUCGACAGUGGGGGUGUGGCCUCAAAGGAGGGCGUGGCUUUAAAAGAGCUGACAGAAAUUGAAGGGAUCGGCCUGAGUGCUCUCUGACCAAUUUUUUUUUUUACUCCUCCAUUUCCCAUGAGCCUCAGCUACUGUGACCCUGGAGAGGGGCGUGAUUUAAUCAAUGUCGCCAUGGUUACUGAAUUUCAUGUGUGGGUGCAGGACUUGUUGAUCUUUGUUGUUCCAUAAACAACCGCAGCCCUCGUCCAAUCACAUGCGAGGACCGAGGCUCGACCAAUCACACGGCCAGAUCGGACCAUGGCCAUUAAUAAUGAAUCGAUAAUCAAUGAUGGACUGUAACAAUAAUAAAUGAUUAUUAAUA